UGUUGCUGCAUUCUGAUUCGGUUGACAGUCGCGCUGGUCGUGUAUUUAUAUAUUCCCAUUCCGCAUCCGAAUCAGGUUCAAUUAGGACCCAGCAUAACUUUUAUUUCGGCAACAUAAUCGCGUGUCUCGACUGGCAUUACGAUCACCUUGUUGUUGUGUUGACAAGCCGAAAUCCCACAGAUUAACAAACCGGAUAGAAUUCCCCCCGAAAAGGAGGCAAACACUCAGACACUCCGGCGGAAACACAGAGACACGAGGACAGCGGGAGGAUAGCAGGCCAGGAUUCCAAGGACACCAGAAUGGGCGGCUCGGCAGUGCAGGUGAUCAACGCCUCCGAGGAGCACGUCUUCGAGCUCAACGAGGAUGCGCUGAGCGAGGUUCUGAUGCGGGAUGAGGUCAAGGACCGGUUCGUCUGCGUUGUCUCCGUGGCAGGAGCCUUCCGGAAGGGCAAGAGCUUCCUGCUGGACUUCUUUCUGCGCUACAUGUACUCAAAGUAUGUGCACCACGAUGCGACAGAUUGGCUGGGCGACGAGUCAGAUCCCCUGGAAGGCUUCUCCUGGCGCGGCGGCUCCGAGCGCGACACCACCGGCAUCCUCAUGUGGUCCGACAUAUUCCUGCACGACUAUCCCAACGGCGACAAGAUAGCCAUCAUUCUGCUGGACACACAGGGCGCCUUCGACAGCCAGAGCACGGUGCGCGAUUGCGCCACCGUUUUUGCGCUGAGCACGAUGCUGUCCUCGGUGCAGAUCUACAACCUGUCACAGAACAUCCAGGAGGACGAUCUGCAGCACCUGCAGCUCUUCACCGAGUACGGCCGCCUGGCGCUGGCCGACACCGGCAAGAAGCCGUUCCAGCGCCUGCAGUUCCUCGUCCGCGACUGGAGCUUCCCCUACGAGGCGGAGUACGGAGCACUGGGUGGCGACAAGAUACUGAAGCGACGGCUGGAGGUGUCCGACAAGCAGCAUCCCGAGCUGCAGUCACUGCGCCGCCACAUCUCGUCCUGCUUCACCGAGGUGGCCUGCUUCCUGAUGCCGCAUCCGGGCCUCAAUGUGGCCACCAACCCAAAGUUCGACGGUCGGCUGAAGGACAUCACGCCCGAGUUCAAGAACAGCCUGCGCUCCCUGGUGCCCAUGCUGCUGGCGCCGGACAAUCUGGUCUACAAGGAGAUCAGCGGACAGAGGGUGCGCGCUCGCGAUCUCAUCCAGUACUUCCAGUCGUACAUGAACAUCUACAAGGGCAACGAGCUGCCCGAGCCGAAGAGCAUGCUGGUGGCCACUGCCGAGGCCAAUCACUUGACCGCCGUGGCCGCCGCCAAGGAGCUGUACAAUCAGUUGAUGGAGGAGGUGUGCGGCGGAACGCGGCCGUACUUAAGCACCGCCCAUUUGGAGACGGAGCAUCUGAGGGUGAAGGACAAGGCCCUGUUUCAGUUCGCCACCAAGCGCAAGAUGGGCGGCGAGGAGUUCACCGAGAAGUUCCGCGUGAAACUGGAAGAAGAUCUCGAGGAAGUCUUUGGCAACUAUCGGGCGCACAACGAGAGCAAGAACAUCUUCAAGGCGGCUCGCACGCCGGCUGUGUUCUUCGCCUGCGCCGUCAUUAUGUACAUCCUCAGCGGCAUCUUCGGACUGGUGGGCCUCUACACGUUCGCCAAUUUCUGCAACCUGGUCAUGGGCGUGGCGCUGCUCACGCUGGCUCUGUGGGCCUACAUAAGAUAUAGCGGCGAGCUGAGUGACUUUGGCGGCAAGUUGGAUGACUUUGCUACGCUCAUGUGGGAGAAGUUCAUGCGACCCAUCUAUCACGGCUGCAUGGAGAAGGGCAUCCAGCAUGUGGCCACCCAUGCGACCGAAAUGGCUGUCGGCGGAGGCGGAGCGGCCGCCUACCGCUCCCAGAACUCGGUGAAUGCGUCCAAUGGCAAGGUGAAGCGAUCAUGAGAAUACGCCCAAGGAGCGCAGCACAAGACGCAGCAGCAGCAGCAGCAGGUGCCGUCGCAGCCGCCGUCGCCGCCGGCAACAAAAACCAACAACAACAAUAAUAACAACAACAACAACAAUGUGGCAUACAAAUCAAAUAAGAGCAACAACAUAAACGAGGCCGACGGUUUCAUCCAUAACAUCUGGCGCAAAUUCGGCGGCAGCAACGAAGAAAAGGCCAAAGCCACCACUGUUAGUCCAACGGCCCCGUCCUCUUCCCAGGCUCCAAAUAGUCGCAAAAAGCGCAAAACGAAGCGUAAUUAGGUGAUCCACGGACGUGGACCAAUAGAAUGGUUAGAGCCUCUCCCCAAGAUCCAUUUUUGAAAGGAUGACCCCCCCUCUAAUUUGUAUAAAUCUUAAACUUUCUAUAGUGUGAGAGAGAACCAGAAACACAAACGUCUAGCUAUUAAUUGCCCUUAAAGGAAGUUGUUUUUAUAUUGCAUUAAUUGAAGUGUAGAUGGUCUAUAUUACGUAUAUUUAAGAGUAAGUGCAUCAUUAGUAAGUGGCUCGUGUCUGUUGAAAAGUGAAAUUUUAAAUUGUUUUUUUACAUACGAUAUGCGUCUGAAACGGAUAUAUGAAAUUUAACGCUGUAAUAUAAAGAAAUCGCUAACGAAUUUAAUUUGUUUAAUUUUCCAUCUAAGGCGUAAUCCCCCACCCCCCUCACACCCCUUGCCUGUUCCAUAUUAUCUCAUCUUUGGUAUAGAAUUCCAUAAGCAAUCUAUGUAUAAACAGAGUGCACAUUGUUGUUGGCUGGUUUUGCUAAGCGCCUCAUUUUGCCACAUUUUGUUAUUUAAAAUUAAUUUACUAAAAAAAAAUAAAGAAAACGAAAAAAAAACAAGUCAUUGCCACCCAUUAAAGUUGAACACAAAGUCGCAAUGCUGGUAUAGGUCAUUAGUUUAUCUUGUGCAGUAAAAGUAUAGAAGUCUUGGUUUUGUUUCGAUUAAACAAUAAAUGUAUUUAAUGAUAACAGCUCACUAGCAGUUAUGGCCAUCGAGAAAUAAAAGGAACGAAAAUGUA